ACGUCCCCUUCAACUCAAAGGGAUGUGGGGAGACUCCACUACGGUUUCCCGCGAGCUCGCCAAGUGGGCGGAACGUUCUUUGCCCUUCAGCUCCUAGCUAGGCUAUGCGCGGGGUGGUGCUGUUAUCGCAAGCUUGGAAGGCACCGAGAGGGUGGAUCGCUUGACUCCUUUGACAUUAACCGGAAGCGUGGCAACACAGAACACAGACGCACUCACGGGCGCACGGAGAGCAAGAAGAGGUCCGGCGAGGUGAGUUGCUGGUGAGAAGUUUUUUGCUUCCCUUUCGGCGGGUGUCGCCAACCGGGCGUCCCUCCAGAAAGAUUUUGUCGUGGUAUUUUGUCAUUAUGAGAUGUUGUCUCUCGGCGCUUCAUUUGUGCAAAUUAAAUUUGAUGACUUGCAGUUCUUUGAAAACUGCGGUGGAGGGAGUUUUGGGAGUGUAUAUCGAGCCCAAUGGAUAUCGCAGGACAAGGAGGUGGCUGUGAAGAAGCUGCUUAAAAUAGAGAAAGAGGCAGAAAUACUUAGUGUGCUCAGCCACAAAAACAUCAUUCAGUUUUAUGGAGCUGUUAUUGAACCCCCUAACUAUGGCAUAGUUACAGAAUAUGCUUCAGCUGGAUCACUGUAUGACUUCAUUAAUAGCAACAGAAGUGAAGAAAUGGAUAUGGAUCAUAUAAUGACCUGGGCAACUGAUAUAGCUAAAGGAAUGCACUAUUUACAUAUGGAGGCUCCAGUCAAAGUAAUUCACAGAGAUCUGAAGUCCCGAAAUGUGGUUAUAGCUGGUGAUGGAGUAUUAAAGAUCUGUGAUUUUGGUGCAUCAAGAUUUCACUCCCAUACAACACAUAUGUCCCUAGUUGGUACCUUUCCUUGGAUGGCUCCAGAGGUUAUCCAGAGUCUCCCAGUAUCAGAAACAUGUGACACGUAUUCAUAUGGUGUGGUUCUCUGGGAGAUGCUAACAAGGGAGGUCCCCUUUAAAGGCUUGGAAGGAUUACAAGUAGCUUGGCUUGUAGUAGAAAAAAAUGAGAGACUGACAAUUCCAAGCAGCUGUCCUGGAAGCUUUGCAGAAUUGAUGCUCCAGUGUUGGGAAGCAGAUCCAAAGAAAAGACCAUCUUUCAAGCAGAUCAUUUCAAUCUUGGACUCUAUGUCAAAUGAUAGCAACCUUCCAGACCAAUGCAAUUCAUUCCUGCAUAACAAGGCAGAGUGGCGAUGUGAAAUAGAGGCCACCUUAGAGAGGCUAAAGAAACUGGAACGUGACCUGAGCUUUAAGGAACAGGAGUUAAAAGAACGGGAGAGACGGCUGAAGAUGUGGGAGCAAAAGCUAACUGAACAGUCCAAUACACCUUUUUGCUUCCCUUUUGCUGCAAGAAUGUCUAAGGAGUCUUACUUUGAAUCUAAAACAGAGGAAUCAAACAGUGCAGAGAUGUCAUGUCAGAUCACAGCAACAAGUAACGGGGAGGUAGCUGGCAUGAACCAAAGUCUGAAGGCCUUGAUGAUGAAGGGCUUUGGGGAUGUCUUCUCUAUGAACGAAGCAGGAUCCGUCCUGCAUUCAGGGAUGCAGAUAAAUAUGCGAGCCAGAAAGAAUUCUUCCAAAACCACCUCCAUGAGAAAAGGGAAGAAAGUCAACAUGGCUUUGGGGUUCCAUGAAUUCGACUUGUCUGGUGACGAUGAUGAUGAUGAUGAUACCGAUGAUAUUGAUUUUGAUGAUGACAGUGAUAGCAGUGAAUGAAAGAAGUUGAAAAGUAAUGUGGCAUAUAAAAUGGGGAGGGGAGGAAAAUGAUUUUUCAGAAAAAGAAUCUACAAGUGUGAAUUCAUACAACUUUUAAACCCAACACCAUUUUGUUUUGUAGGCCCAUUUUAUUUCUUGUACAUGAUAAAUCAUGUUACUUAUGUUUAUACCUUUUUUUGCUUUAAAACACCUUGUGUUUUUUUUAAAGGAAGAAUCUCCUUAUGCUGCAGUAUUUGGUUACCUGUGUACAAAAUGUUUACAGCUCACCAUCAUAACAAAAUUCUGCAACAGCUAGGAGUAUUUUUAAUUCACAUAAUUGUUGGUAAAUUAUAAAUAUAUUACUAUUAUUCUUGUUAGCCUUUUUUUAAGUUAACAAUGCUUCUGUCCUGAUUUUCCCUGUAAAUUCUCUGGCCUCAUUUCAAAGAGCCUUAUGUACAGGAGCAAGCUUUGCUCUUGGAUCUGUGCCUUUUUCACUUCAGUGGGUGGUAUUCAUAUCCCGUCAGUGCGCAAAUCUCCACUUGUGCAACGGGACUCCUCCCUCUCCCAAUGCACCCUCCCCAAAUCUUCUCCAGAGGGUUGGGGAACCCCUAGAACCGAUUUAGGAGAUGCACAGAGGGAGAACAUUCCAUUUUGUAAGGAGAAAUCCUAAUGGAAUGAGAGACUUAGCACUACGUUGAGUUCCAUCCAAUGAAUAUAUGAUCGUCUCUGACAAUGCAUGUCAUCUAUUUGGAGGAGGACACCAGAUUGUCUGGAUUCAGUAAGCUCUCCUCACACAGGCUGUCAAUUCUCAUACAGAUUUCGCUUCCAUAGAGGUGACACCUGAUGUAGGCUUCCCCUCCUCAGCAUCUUUUUACACAAACGACCUGGUCCAGAAGGGCAAUGCACACAUGGAAGAAGUAUGUUUCUUUAGUUGGGAAUGUUGGUGUGUCUGUGCUUUAUCCUGCACUUAGACUACUUGUCUGGAGUAAGCCCCACUGAACUCAAUGGGAGUUACUGUUGAGAAGACACAUCUAGGAUUGCAGUUAAACUGUUGUGUUUCCUUGUUGCCAUUUCUGUCUGUUUCCGGUAGAUACAGAUUCAUAACUAUUACAACAAAGCAGUAUAUAAAUUUUGUUAAAUAACUAGAAAUGAGAAGCUGAAUAUAAUGCAAUGGUAUUUAAACACAGCUUCUAGUAUACAGUGUGGACAUGAGAAUUCAUUGGUUGAUUCUUUUUCCUCAAAGUCUGUUUAGACUGCAAUCACAAUUGCAUAGAAGUAACCAAAGAGUCUAACUGUAGACAUAAUAAUUAGUAGGGCUGAAGCAUUUAGCAGAAUAAUUGGGUUAAUUUAAACAAUUAUAAUUCUGACUAAAAAGCUUACAACUUAAAAUUCUGACUCAGGCAGACUAAAAUAACUUUAUUUAUUAUAUAGAAUUUAUAUAUUCAAGAAGCUUUUCAGAGCUUAUUAAAACUGUGGGUGGCAGACACAAACUUAAAAACUGUAUUCCCCCUUCUCUCUUGCACCCAGUGAAAUGCCUCUUUUAAGAUGAUGCCUGCUGCAACACGUUUAUGCUUUCCCUCACAUUGGAAACAAUGGGAGGGAGAUAAGUCUUGCUUAGAAAAAGCAUGUCUAAAUCACACAUGCCCCAGGUUUGGGGGCCUCUUGGGUGACUGGACAGCUUUGGAUCCUUCAGGCCCAAGCCACUACCUGGAAUUCCCCUGCCAGCUUUGGAGAUCUGAUGUUGCUUGGGCCAGGGCCUCAGAGGAGCCACUGGCAGUGGAGAGGAAAGCUCCAGCAGUCUUUGAUGUCUAUGCUCCAACAUCUGAGGGUUAGAUCUGAUCCUAUGUUACGGCUUCUGGGGUCCCCUCCUAGGAACAAUAGGAUGCAUCUUAAAUCUCUAUCAUCACUCCUGUUGCAGUAGUGCUUUAAUAGUUUGUACAUCAAAGAUAGUAGUUUGUCAGUUGGGAGAAAUGUGAAGGUAGUCAUGGCAAAGAGAGGUAUCUAGGCUUGGUUUGUGUGUGUUGACAGCUGCAUUGGUAAUAUUUAGGUGAGUGUGCCAUUCAGGAAAAAACCCCAGUCAAUAUGACUUUCUCAUAUGAAGUUAUGUACACUUUUAUGUAGGAAACACAGCAUCAUAUUUCCAGGGUAUGAUCAAAAAUGGCAGCCUAUGCACAAAAAUGGUCCCAACACUUGAUUCUCUCCCCUUUGUUCACGCAACACACAUACACUUUAUGUGCUGCCCUGGGUGCCUACUGGGAGAAAGGGCGGGAUAUAAAUCUAAUAAAUAAAUAAAUACUUUACAGAGGCUCAGUUAUGGCAGCAGUGCUUAUGGAUCUCUGGAUAGGAAUACAUAAGCAACUCUAGUUAAAUCUGAUAUUACAGUCUUGUAAUGAAGGCAGCUGAUACAUAUAUAAAAAUAAUGUGGGCUGGGCUGAUAUUCUACAUUUGCCAGAUAUAGAUGAUUUCAGAAUCUGAAGCCUUCAUGCAGCCCAAACAUAUGUACCCAUACACAGAAAUAAAUUCUAUUAUGUUCAGUAAGACUUACUUCUAGAUAAAUACACAGGAUUUAAUUAUAAAACCAAAUAUCUCUGUUGCCAAUAAAUUUCACUUUUAUUGUACCUUCUCCCCAACAACUUCAAAACACUUUUGAGUAAUUUAGUAUGCUUGUUUGUUCUGUGCUCUGUGCUACAAACACACAAAGACUUUGGUCUAUAAAAAUGUUGGUUGCUUUAGAAACUUAGGAUCUGAAAUAGCUGUUGGCACACAUUCACUACCUGUUUAUUUAAUAUUUGUAGGGUUUUUUUUACUGUAGUGCUCAGUAUUUUAAGUAAUAUAUACACUACUAAAGCAUAAUGUUGAAAAGCCUCACUUCAGAUACUGCAUUGCAAUGGGUAACUGCUACUACAUUUUGCAAUCAGGUAGCACUCAAGAUCUCUUAAGGCUUGGAUAUACAGGCAACAGUUUUUCAGAGACUAGAGAUCACUGUAGUCAUCACUAUGUAGCAUACUUGUUCAUUCUUGUGUAUGGCUCCUGCUAAAGUGGUCAAACAGGAUUUACAGAGUUCUAAGGCACUACAAAAUCUGUUUAAUGAGAGCCUAACAUGACAAAAAUAACACAUAUUUUGCUGGGAACUAUGGGCUUGUUCCUUUGUUUUGUUUGGAGGGGGGAAAUUUCAACUUUGUAUCAGUCUUGGUGUAUAGGUAUCAACAUGUGGAGAAAACACUGUGCUUCCUGGCCACCUUGAUCAACCCCCUCUCCCACAAGAGAAAAUGAUCGUAGAAUCAUAGAAUAGGGAUGUUUAGAAGACAAAUGCAGGUCAGGUUGAGGUGUCCCAUAGAAUAUAAUGAGUGAAUAGACUCAUUUUGGAAUAAGCUGUCCCCAAACCCUGGAUCUGUACAGCUAGAGUUGAGGAAGAAAUUUUUAAGUUCGUGUUUUAAUGUGAACCUAACUAAUUUGCUUUUCUCCAGCCAAUAUGUGAACAGAAAUGCAGCUGUUCUUUGAAAUUUGCACUUCUCCAAAUAUUGCCAUGCAGUUCUCCAGCCAAAUAUCCAUACAAACGUGUGUAUGCUAGGAAAGGACCCUAAAAUGUGUAUUAGUGAAAAUAAUAUUCACAAAUGCAUUAUAGUGGGGGAAAAUGCUUGCAAAAUUGUGUGUAUUUGGCAAAAUUGCAUAUAGAAUGCAUACAUUAUGAGAAAUGCACAUGAAAAUGUGUGCAAAAUCUUGUGCAGACUUUUAAAACAGAAUUCAUGCAUUAAUGCCAAAAUAGGGUAAAGUGAAUUUAAGGUCUGAAAAAUGACAAGCAGAAACUGAAAUUGACAUAUCAGAACCUGCCACUUGAAGGAGGUUUAGUACAUCAGUACAGAAUCUAUUGCCCUCUUCCAACUUCUUUUUCAAUAAAACAGUUGAGUUAGGAUAUGGCAAAAAUAACUUCUAAUCAUUAAAACCUACCCUACUCAUGAAAAUGGAAGAAAACAAAUUUACUUUCUCCUCAAGACUCGUAACACUUGCAAAGCCACUUUGAGCUUUUUUGAUGGUAAUUUCAGCAAUAUCAUGGAGGCAAACUACAAUAAAUAUUUGAUAGUUGAAAACCUAUAAUGCCUCAAUUGAAGUCUGAUACAGCACACUUUUUUUGCUUUUGCACUGUUGAAAUGUUUUAUAUGGCUUAAUAAUAUUUGUAAUCUAGACUCGUAUGAACAUGUAAAUGGAAAUUAUUUUCAGUGUUUAAAAAAGUUUAACCUUGUUUUUCUAAGAACUGCCAUGCUGUGUGAACUCUGCGAAAACUACUGCAAUGUGUAAACAAAAUAUCUAAUUUGUGUGGAAUGUGAAAUGUUACACUCUUGCAUGGCAAGACCUUUAGUGGUUAGUCUCUCCCCCCCCCCCAGUACAGCACUUAACCAUGUGAUGUCUUGCUUCAUUCAUGUAAUAGAUUUGCUUGUCUAGUUAUUAACAGAACACCCAGUAGUGUAAUUUUUAUUUUAUUACUUGCAAUUUGGUGUCAUAAAUCUUAUUUUAUUGUGAAUUGUUUUCCUUUUCUUCUCGUUGUUUCCAUUUCUGACUUUGCAAUAAACAUUUUGACAGGGGAAAAAAAGAAAAUCU